GAACGAUGUACUUUUUCGUGCCGUCCCGUUUUGGUCCAAUCAUCUUCCGCGUUGGAGGCUGGUCGGGUCGUGACGAAGCCUGCCUCUGCGCUCCGCUUAGCGUUUAUUUUGGCUCUGACUGCCGCCGCCAUUAAAACACGGAGGGCCAUGUAAAACCUACGGGCCAUAUGUGAACGAGUGAUUCCUUACGUCGCACCUCCGCUUGCUUUCCGAGGAGGUUAAUGCGUCCGAAGAGGGGAACAUGUGAGUGGACGAAGGGUUGGAAACAAGUGGGCAACGGGAAAGGUUGGAUCGAGCGAGGAGGAGGAGGAGGAGGAGGAGAAGUAGAAGUAGAAGUGGACGGGGGAUCCGGAGGGGGUUUGUUGGGUUUGUUGUGGCUUUUGAGAGCAGCGCUCCAGAUAAGAGCACACCCGCGGAAUUAAUAUCCGGAAAGAUCCAUCAUGACAGAACAGAGGAUGAAGUGGCCCUGUGACUAUUGCACCUUUGAAAACUGGCCAUCCGCAAUCAAAUGUACCAUGUGCCGCGCACCGAGAUCUAGGGGUCCCAUUAUUACAGCGGAGCCCUACAAAAGUAGCUCUAACCUAGAAUCUAGUUUGGAAUGGGACCCACCAAGAACUGAGGGCAGCAGCAGCCUCCUCAUCUGCCCAGAUUCUAGUGCUAGGCCCAGGGUCAGGCCAGCCAACACCACUGAAACCACCACUAAGUGGUCCUGUCACAUGUGCACCUACCUGAACUGGCCCAGAGCCAUUCGCUGCACACAGUGUCUGUGCCAGCGUCACAAGACCUGCAGCCCCACAGAAUCCCCCCAGACCUCAGGUUCCAAUGCUAGCUGCCGCCGUGCAGAAGGUGGCUCGCAUAGGACCCCUGUGGACUCAUGUGAGGAGUUCAAUGACAAGAACAGACUCAACACCCACCAGCAGCACUGGAUGUGCACAACAUGUACUUACCAGAACUGGCCUAAGACCAGGAGGUGUGUUGCAUGCGACCAACCCAAGCCAAAUAACCAGGAAUCUAUAGAGCUGGCUGAGUCUGAGGAACCCUCACCCAUUAUCAAUGAGCAGGACAGGGCAAGGUGGAGGGGGAGCUGCAGUGGAGGCAACAGCCAGAGAAGAUCCCCUCCCACCUCCAAGAGGGACACAGAGGUCAAAAUGGACUUCCAGAGGAUAGAGCUGGCAGCCGGGGCCAUGAGCAGCAAAGACGAGCAAGAGGUCGACUUCAAAAAGCUAAAGCAGAUUAAAAACCGGAUGAGGAAAACAGAUUGGCUGUUCCUUAAUGCUUGUGCUGGGGUGGUGGAAGGAGACCUGGCAGCAGUUGAAGGCUAUAAGUCCUCUGGUGGUGACAUCGCCCGACAGCUCACUGCUGAUGAGGUGUGCCUCCUCAACCGAUCUUCAGCGUUUGGUGCAGGCUUCACUUUAGUUCACCUGGCCAUCCGUUUCCAGAGGCAGGACAUGCUAGCUAUCCUCCUCACAGAGGUGAAUCAACAGGCGGCCAAGUGUAUCCCCUCCAUGGUGUGCCCCGAGCUGACAGAGCAGAUCCGCAGGGAGAUCAUGGCCUCGUUGCACCAGCGCAAAGGAGAAUUCGCGUGCUACUUCCUCACUGACCUGGUCACCUUCACGCUUCCUGCAGAUAUCGAGGACCUUCCACCUGCUGUCCAAGAGAAGCUGUUUGAUGAGGUGUUGGACCGUGAUGUACAGAAAGAGUUGGAAGAAGAGUCUCCCAUCAUCAACUGGUCUCUAGAACUGGGCACACGCUUAGACAGUCGGCUGUACGCCCUGUGGAACCGCACAGCGGGCGACUGCCUGCUGGACUCCGUGCUGCAGGCCACCUGGGGAAUCUACGACAAGGACUCUGUUCUCCGCAAGACCCUCCAUGACAGCCUGCAUGACUGCUCACACUGGUUCUAUACACGCUGGAAGGAGUGGGAGUCGUGGUACUCGCAGAGCUUCGGCCUCCAUUUCUCUCUGCGCGAGGAGCAGUGGCAGGAAGACUGGGCUUUCAUCCUCUCUCUUGCCAGCCAGCCCGGGGCCAGCCUGGAGCAGACCCACAUCUUUGUUCUUGCACACAUUCUUCGCAGGCCGAUUAUAGUCUACGGAGUGAAAUACUACAAGAGUUUUCGCGGGGAAACGUUGGGCUACACUCGCUUUCAAGGUGUGUACCUGCCCCUGUUAUGGGAGCAGAGUUUCUGCUGGAAGAGCCCCAUCGCCCUGGGCUACACUCGGGGCCACUUCUCAGCCCUGGUGGCCAUGGAGAACGAUGGCUACGACAAUCGCGGCGCUGGCGCCAACCUCAACACUGACGAUGACGUGACGGUGACCUUCUUGCCACUGGUGGACAGCGAGAGGAAGCUUUUGCACAUUCAUUUCCUUUCUGCACAAGAGAUGGGCAAUGAGGAGCAACAGCAGAAGCUCCUGAGGGAAUGGCUGGACUGCUGUGUGACAGAAGGAGGCAUGCUGGCGGCCAUGCAGAAAAGCUCACGCCGCCGCAACCACCCCCUGGUCACCCAGAUGGUGGAGAAGUGGCUGGACCGAUACCGCCAGAUCCACCCCUGUACCCCUCUCUCUGACGGAGAGGAGGAUGAGGAUGAUGAAGAUGAGUGAAAGGGUGACGCACAGAGGAAAAAGAGGCAGAGAACUGGUAGCUAGGAGACUGGACACCCACUGUGGCCCACAAGGCUCUGGAAGACCAGACAAAGUCUUAACGGGCACUCCUUCGAACACCUUUUGCUCACCUCUUAAAGAUGGAAGCUCUGGCAUCUCACUAGCGCCGGAGAGAGAGAGAGAGGUGGUGGUAUGUGAAGGACACAUGGGUUUAAAUCAAAAUCCGAAUGACAGCAACUUGAAAAGGAAACCGUAACCUUUAAAUAUUGUUGCAAAAAUAGUACCUUAUUAUUUCAAAUAAAGGCUCCUAGAUGUUCAUGUAAAUCAUCUUGGAAAAAGUUUUGUUUAAUUUCCCCAAAGUGUAAAUUUUGAUUGGUGAUAUAAUGCAUGUGCGCCCCAAUUUAGAUAUAUAUUUCAGAAAAGUAUAUAUAAUACCGGCACCGAAAAAAAGGAAUCCUGAUUUCAGCUCAUAUGAAGGCACAUUCAGAAUGCUUUACUCUUAAUUUAUGCCUAUUCUUAGAUUCUCUCCAUAUUUGUGGAGGACAAAAAAAAACAAAAACAAAAAAAAAACAAAAAACAUAGCGCAGUACUCGACAAGAGAAAAAAUACUAGGACAUAUAGGAGAGAUUUAUUUAAGGAAACCCUGAAGCUGCACUUGAUGAGAAACUUUAUUUAGAAAAUUGCCUGACAGAAAUUUGACUAAAACAGAGCAUUUAUCCCUCGUGUCUGCUAAGGUUUAAAGAGCAUCUUUUGCCCCCCCCCCCCAGUUAGCCCUCUGCGAAAACCUCCUGAAGGUUGGAUGAUAGUUAUUUGUUUAGGGUUGUCAUUGUGCAGAGGCGGCACCUUUUUAUUCUGUCCCCUUUUCGAUAUGUUUGAUUUAUUCAGUCUUGAAGAACUUCAUGUUGCACAGGUAUACAUACACUCUGUGUAUGUUUGUGUGUGUGUGUGUGUGUGUGUGUGUGUAUGUAUGUAUGUAUGGGAGGCGGGGGGUACACGUUUACUGACAUGUUUCUGUGUGAUUUAGUACCUCAUUUCAAUGUUAGAGGGGGGUGGCGGUGAUGUUGGUGGGGAAACUGAGAAAACCAAACACUCAGCCUCUUUCCAUGGAGUGCAUUAACAUUAAAUUUGACUCGCUCACAUCCUCCUUGUUGUCAUUCGUGUUUGUUUUUUCCUUUUCCCCGUGUAUCUGGGUCAGUAGUGUUUUUAUUGACAAACAUUCCGUGCCCCCCCCCCUCCAAACUCUUAUUUACCGUCAGUAAUUUUCACAAUUUACUAUACAAAACCGGUUAGGCUGUAGGAUCGAUGAGCAGCGUUUCUAAAAGCAUCACCGAAACGACCCUCUGUGAAUAAACUACACAUCCGUCCUACUUUCUCAUUUGUUGAUGCCACCAGUUGAGGAUCGAGGAAACGCAAACGCACCCGCACCCAAAAAUACUACGAUACUGACAAAUACAUCUGAUAGACCCUCACACGUUGCAUAACUACAUGAAUUCGGUUUGUUUUCAAUACAGAGUGUGCGCUCUAUCUCCUGUUAUCUCCUCUUAUCUGUUGAUGUGCGAGUACCUGAGGCAGCAGUAAGGACAACACUGAUCCAUUGUUCUAACUUGUCCAUACAUGCGUAUUUUGCUCCUUUUGUUUUGCCCUCUUUAUUUUCCGAGCAUGUAGAAACUGAAGGUGUCAUGCAAAAUGUAGCGUCUUUAAAGAUGCUUCUAUGUCUCCGUCUGAAAACAGCAUCUUGCAGCAAGGGAUGCAUUAUAGUAGUGUACCGUUCAACCUAAAGAUGGAGGGGACUUGCAUUGGCACGAAGUGUCACAAUAAAUUCCACUCG